CUUAUACUCACCAGCUAAAUCCACACCAUCUCUCAUUUCAAGACCUAAACCACAUAGAUUUUGACAAGCAUGGACACAGGCCGUAAGUGUCGGGGCUCGAUCAAGGCAAAACUGGGGCUGCCAUUCUAUAAAGCGGCCAAAUUGCCAGCCUCUGGGGCACAGCACAGCAGUAAAGUCAUGCCGAGGCAGUCGUCUCCGUUGGCUGCCACAGCGAAGGUGGCUUUCAUGGUCCACCAGGACAUGAUUUCCCAGCCAAAGGCACAGAAGGUUUCUUUUAUUGUACCUAACAAGGGCCGCGACUCACUAGGCCAGUUUGAUAUGGUGUUUGGCAUGCCUGGUGACGAAACUGUUGAUCUGAAGGCCACAAAUUACAUAUCUUCUGUGCGGGAGCGCUUCAAGCUCGAGCGAGUCAACUCCGAGCGAAAGAAAAAUGAGGUCAUCUCCUAGCAGUCGCCAUUCUCAUUCAUUUAUGACUAGUCCUGAACGGUACUAAUUCCAAGUUUAUUUUCUAGAGUUGGAUGGAUAUUGUAAUCUGCAGCUCCAACUAGAGUCCCAAGUUACUAUUGUAUGGUUGCUAUUGUCUGAUGGAAUAGCUGUUUGAAAAUUUGUCAAGUUUUUGCUUUGAUUGGUGACCUUCAAGGAUCUGCUAGUUCAAACUAAUGUUCAUUUACUCGGCCAUAUUGCUGCAAUUGCAAGUUUGAAGAAUAUAUCAGAAUCA